GCUGGCGCAGUGCUUGUCGGGAAGGCGGCGGCGGCGGCGUCUGGAGCCAUGGUGGGUGGCGAGGCAGCCGCCGCGGUGGAAGAACUGGUUUCCGGGGUGCGGCAGGCGGCCGACUUCGCCGAGCAGUUCCGGUCCUACUCCGAAAGCGAGAAGCAAUGGAAGGCUCGCAUGGAAUUCAUCCUACGCCAUCUGCCAGACUACCGCGACCCGCCGGACGGCGGCGGCCGCCUGGACCAGCUGCUGUCCCUCUCCAUGGUCUGGGCCAAUCACCUCUUCCUGGGCUGCAGUUACAAUAAAGACCUUCUGGACAAGGUGAUGGAAAUGGCUGAUGGAAUUGAAGUGGAAGACUUGCCACAGUUUACCACCAGAAGUGAAUUAAUGAAAAAGCAUCAAAGCUAAGAUUCACCACAUUUUCCUCAUCAGCAACAGGUUCAGAAAGGAGGCUGGGAUGGAUGUGACACUGACUGCAGCAGCUCUUAAAGGCCCUGCUCUAACCAACAUGACGAGGCGGGUGGCAUGAAGAGGAGUCUGUCUGGAUUGGCUUUUUAAAAGUCUUCACCCUUCCAGUAGCUGUCACUGUGAAAGUACGCAUGGGUGUUCAUGUAUUCAUAAAUCCUGCAUUCUGAGAUGAUUCAUCAACAUUGUGCAAGCCAAACCUUG